GGAUAUAGUGAAUGCGGGGUCCGGGGAGAGCGGAUAUAGUGAAUGCGGGGUCCGGGGAGAGCGGAUAUAGUGAAUGCGGGGUCCGGGAGAGCGGAUAUAGUGAAUGCGGGGUCCGGGGAGAGCAGAUAUAGGGAUUGCGGGGUCCGGGGAGAGCAGAUAUAGGGAUUGCGGGGUCCGGAGAGCGGAUAUAGUGAAUGCGGGGUCCGGGGAGAGCGGAUAUAGUGAAUGCGGGGUCCGGGAGAGAGCGGAUAUAGGGAAUGUGGGAUCCGGGAGAGCGGAUAUAGGGAAUGCGGGAUCCGGGGAGAGCGGAUAUAGUGAAUGCGGGGUCCGGGGGAGAGCGGAUAUAGUGAAUGCGGGGUCCGGGAGAGAGGAUAUAGUGAAUGCGGGGGGUCCGGGGAGAGCGGAUAUAGUGAAUGCGGGGUCCGGGGAGAGCGGGAUAUAGUGAAUGCGGGGUCCGGGGAGAGAGCGGAUAUAGUGAAUGCGGGGUCCGGGGAGAGCGGAUAUAGUGAAUGCGGGGUCCGGGAAAGAGCGGAUAUAGUGAAUGCGGGGUCCGGGGAGAGCGGAUAUAGUGAAUGCGGGGUCCGGGGAGAGAGGAUAUAGUGAAUGCGGGGUCCAGGAAUAGUAUCUCAUGAUUGGGGGUCAUUGGUAGGAAUAGUGUCCCAUGAUUGGGGUCAUUGGCUGGAAUAGUG